AUCAUCAAUCGUCUUCGUCCAAGAAUUGUUCUAUAAAAUCAAAAUUGUGGAUUUCAUCUUUGGAUGAACAAAAAUGGCGGUGGAGUUGAUGAUGGGAUAUGGUGAUGAGAAUAGUUUUGCAGAAACUGCUUUGAAUGAAGCUGCAACUGCUGGGAUCCAAGGCGUUGAGGAAUUGAUAAAAUUGAUGUCUAAAGCUCAACAUCUUUACAAUCAAAAUGAUUCUUUUAAAAUAUCUUCUUCUUCUUCUUCUUCUUCUUCAGAUUCAGAGUCAAGUAUCGUGAUCCAAGCUGUUACAGAUAAGACUGUAAAUUCUUUCAAGAAAGUUAUUUCUUUGCUCGGUCAUCCCAGAACAGGCCAUGCUCGGUUCAGACGUGCGCCGCUUUCUCCUCUCCGACGAGAGAUAUUUGAUUCCCAGCAGCCUCCGCAGAAGAUUGAAGUGUUAAAGACUUGUUCUGUUGAAGAAACUAAAGUUAAAGUGUCUGCCUUUAAUCCAUUUUGUCUGACACGACAAGUUCAUAGGUUGCCUCCUUUGCCUCAUAAUCACCACCAGAGUAAAAGCAGCCAUGUUUCGGAGAGAAAUGAAGGUCCUAGUACGAUUAAUUUCUCAUCAAUGACGGGGGAUAGUGAUAGCAUGCAGCCAUCUUUCUCUUCCCAUGUCCCUUCAUCUGGUAAACCUCCGUUGUCUUCGAAAAGGAAGUGCAAUUCAUUGGAUGCUGCUGCUCUCAAGUGUGGAUCGUCAUCUGGUCCUUGCCAUUGCUCCAAGAAAAGGAAGUUUAGAGUGAAGAAAGUGAUUAGAGUUCCGGCAAUCAGCAAUAAGACAUCGGAUAUUCCUCCUGAUGAUUAUUCCUGGAGAAAAUAUGGCCAGAAACCAAUCAAGGGUUCUCCUCAUCCAAGGGGGUAUUACAAGUGUAGCGGCGUCCGAGGCUGUCCUGCCAGGAAACACGUCGAGCGAGCAUUAGACGAUCCGAGGAUGUUGAUUGUGACAUACGAAGGAGAUCACAACCAUAGACAAAACAUCGGUGAUGUUCCAGCAACUAUGAUUCUGGAGUCAUCUUAGUACCUCAUCACUAGGGAUUUGAAUUAGGGUUACGAUCGUAUUUUCGAUUACAUUCCGUUUACUAGGAUUAUAAAUCUAAUAACAACUUUGAAUGGCAUUGUUACUGUUA